AUGGGUGGAUUUAUGGCUCGCAUGGGCACUAAUAACUUGAUGACUGCUGAGCCUUGGGGACUAGUGUGCUUCCUGCAUAGAUCUCCAUUGUCUUAUCUUGAGAGUUCUGGAGACUUUACGAUUAAGAAUUCUGGAUUAGAGAUUUAUAAUGAAAAUGUCAGGGACCUGCUGAACUCAGAAUCAGGUCGAAAUCUCAAGCUUCCAGAUGACUCAGAGAAUUUUGUAGACCUCGCUGGAAGUGAAAUUGCUUCACAGACACAUGCAGAUGGGGCGAGGCUCAGAGAAGGUGGUCAUAUCAAUCUUAUUAGUUUGAUGACUCUGACAACUGGGAUAAUAAAGCUCAGUGUUGGGAAAAGAAGCGGUCAUAUGCCCUACCGGGACUCAAUGCUCACUCGCUUAUUGCAGCACUCACUUGGCGGGAAUGAACGAACUGCCAUCAUUUGUACUCUACGUCCAGCACUUAGCCCUGGCGAACAAUCUCGAAACACUCUCUUCUUUGCCACAAGAGCAAAGGAAGUCACCAAGACUGCCCAAGUCAACAUGGUUGUUUCCGAUAAGCAGCUGGUAAAACAUCUACAGAAGGAAGUAGCCGGGCUGGAAGCAGAACUGCGAACUCCUGACCCUUCAAAGGAAAAAAGACUUAAAAUUCAGCAGAUGUAGGGAGAAAUUGAAGAACUGAGACGCCAGAGGGAUUUUGCAAAAUCGGGGAUGAGUUGCAGAAAAAACAUCAAGAGGACGAGCACAUUGGAAUCGCCACCACGUGAUGUAAAGAAGUGUCUCUCCUACUCUGAUGCAUUAUUAUCAAAACUUGAGAACAAGGAACUAUGUUAAGCCAUGAGGCAAUCAUCACUGCAGCUUUUUGCUCUAAUGCAUGAAAUCCGUAAAAUCGAACAUCUUCAGGAGCAACUUGGAGAAGAAGCCAAUCGAGCUCUAGUUGUAUUAUGAAAGGAGGUUUCUUGUCAUGGACUAGGUAACCAAGAUGCAGCCGAGAUCAGCCAAGCAGAAAUAAGGGAAAUGCAAUCUAUUCAACCAGCUUCCAAAGAAGUAGAAAUUGGAAGUGUUGUCGCCCCUAACAAGAGCGUCAGCGCCAACCUGAAGGAUGAGAUAACAAAACAUUCUCAAGGAAGCACCAUUGCAAAUCUCGAAGAACAACCCCGGCAAGUUUUGGAAAAUGAGAUAGAAAGCAGAGCACCGGAAAAUGAAGAUUUCACCGGUGAGACCCAGCUAGAGUCCGAGAAAGAGAGACUCCUACAAAAAGUGAAGAUCGAAGAAUGUGGAGAUGUUUCACCAAAGGAAGGAACUCCGGGCUAUCGUCGUUCUAGUUCAGUUAAUAUGAAGAAAAUGCAGAAGAUGUUUCAGAAUGCAGUACAGGAGAACGUGAGAAGCGUAAGGGCUUAUGUGACAGAAUUGAAAGAAGGUGUUGCAAAACUGCAAUACGAAAAGCAGCUACUUGUUUGCCAGGUCCUUGAGCUCGAAGCAAAUGAAGCAGCUGGAUAUAAUCUUGAAAUGUGGGAUGUAUGCUUUAUAUCCAUCAUCCAUAGGACACAGUUUUAUUUGUUAUUCAAGGGAGACCCUGCUGAUUGGUUACAGCAGCAUUUGGCAGAAAUUGGCAAUGCAAGCCCUGCUCCUCGUGUUGGAGAUGAGCCUACAAUUUCUCUAUCGUCAAGUAUCAGAGCAUUGAGACGUGAAAGAGAGUUUCUUGCAAAGAGGUCUUCACGUUUAAAUGUGGAAGAGAGACAGGCAUUUAAGCAGAGGAAACUGCAGUUUGUGAACAAAUUAUGGACAAAUCAACAUAUGAUCAAAUACAUGGAAGUGCUGAGAUAGUGGCAAAGAAAGAAGUAAAGAUGACAAGUAUAACUUGUAAGUCUUCAUCUUGUUUCCAUUGGUUGAUUGUGAAGUAUAACUACCAAACAGUUUUAGUUAUCUUUUUUCCUUCUCUCCUUUCCUGCCAAGAACAGCAAGGUUAGUAAAAUAAAUAAAAACUGAAUUAUUGAA